AUCUCCUCUUAAACCAUCUCCACACACUCAGGCCACACUAUUGGAGAACACACAGGGACAACACACCAUAAGUGCAGCGCAAUGGCGGCCACCACCAUGUCUCUUUCCUCUUCGUCCUUCGCCAGCAAGGCCGUCAAGAACUUGCCCUCGUCGGCUCUCAUUGGUGAGGCACGUGUGAACAUGCGCAAGACCGCCGCGAAAGCCAAACAAGUUUCAUCUAGCAGCCCGUGGUACGGCUCUGACCGUGUGCUCUACCUCGGCCCGCUUUCCGGCGAGCCCCCCAGCUACUUGACUGGUGAGUUCCCCGGUGACUAUGGGUGGGACACCGCCGGUCUCUCGGCUGACCCUGAGACCUUCGCCAAGAACCGGGAGCUUGAGGUGAUCCACUGCCGAUGGGCCAUGAUUGGUGCGCUUGGUUGUGUCUUUCCUGAGUUGCUUGCCCGCAAUGGUGUGAAGUUCGGCGAGGCCGUCUGGUUCAAGGCUGGCUCUCAGAUCUUCAGCGAGGGUGGCCUCGACUACCUUGGCAACCCCAGCCUCGUCCACGCUCAGAGCAUCCUCGCCAUCUGGGCUUGUCAAGUUGUGCUCAUGGGUGCCGUUGAGGGGUACCGCAUUGCUGGUGGUCCGCUCGGCGAGAUAGUCGACCCACUCUACCCUGGUGGCAGCUUUGACCCGCUUGGCCUGGCCGACGACCCCAAGGCAUUUGCGGAGCUCAAGGUUAAGGAGAUCAAGAAUGGCCGCCUCGCCAUGUUCUCCAUGUUUGGCUUCUUUGUGCAGGCCAUUGUCACCGGCAAGGGCCCAUUGGAGAACCUUGCCGACCACAUUGCUGACCCUGUCAACAACAACGCGUGGGCAUUCGCCACCAACUUCGCGCCGGGGAAGUAAGACAUGAAUGAUGGUUGGGAGUUGUAUGUGAGUGUCAGUUGAAUUGUAACACCAACAUGUAAAAUAUGAGAAUUGUGUGCAAAGACAUUGUUUGAUUGGUCCA